AUGCCGGCGGGGGGAGGCGUGCGUAGUGGUGAUGCAAGCGAGCCAAGGCCAGGGCCUAGAUCCAUCAAGCGACACGGACCAGAGCCAGUUACAACUGGCGAGUCGAGGCAGGGGCACAGGGAGGAAAAGUGGCAGGGCCGCAGGGGCAAGCGUGGCGAUGAUGUAUUUGUCCUUGCUCUUGUCAUGCUCAUCGACCCGGAUCACCGCAGGUGGGAAGACCGACAAGAACCUAAUCCUCUAGGGCUUCAGCUGGCUGUAAAUCUAGCCAGGCAACUGGGUGCCAUCAGUCUUGAGUUUCGCUGGGCGCGGAGCUUCUAG